AUGCAGGUGCUUAUUGAUUGCAGUGGAGACGAUGGAACUGAUAAGACUCCUGAAACAGCAUUUCAAAAUAAGAAACAUGCUCUCCUACAGCUAGUGGAAGAAAGGCCCGUGACCAAAACAAUUGUUUUCUGUAACAAGAUCGAGACAUGCAGAAAAGUUGAGAACAUAUUGAACCGACUUGAUAGGAAAGGAAUCCGAAAUAGAGUUUUGCCUUUCCAUGCGGCUUUAACACAAGAAGUGAGGGUUGCAAAUAUGCAGGAGUUUUGCACUUCUCAAUCGAAGGAUAAGUCUCUGUUUUUAGUUUGUACAGAUAGAGCAUCUAGGGGAAUUGACUUUAAUGGCGUUGAUCAUGUAAUACUGUUUGACUUUCCUCAUGAUCCAAGUGAAUACGUACGCCGUGUUGGAAGAACAGCCAGAGGUGCUGGCACAAAGGGAAGGGCAUUCUUAUUUGUAGUUGGCAAGCAAGUCUCUCUUGCACGAAGGAUAAUCGAGCGAAAUAGAAAAGGCCAUCCAGUGCAUGAUGUGCCUCCUCCAUAUGCAUGA